AUGGCGAUGUAUACUGCCACUUUUUCGUCGAUUGUCGGUCGAUCUCAAGCCGACACUACCGAAGAUACGGAAAACACUGAAAUAACUGUGAAGAAAAAAUGUCUCGAGCAAGGAUUCACAGAGUACGAUCUCUGUCCAUUCAAACUACAGUGGUCCUUCGGAUUAAAUCCGGAAGUACCGGUCAUAAAUCUAACUACUAAAAAUCGUGCAUUAUUGGCAUACGCCUGUUCUCACGUGGCGAUAAUUUAUGACUAUAGUUCAAAGAAAAUGUUACCACUCCUAGGUCAUCGAAAUCCUGUUAAAACGUUAUCAACCUCGCGUGACGGCAAGUGGUUACUAACAGCGGAUUCCGGAGAGGACAGUGUAGUAGUGGUUUGGGAUACAGAAAAAGGGGUUCCCGUUUGCACAUUAUUUAAUCCACAUAACAGUGAAGAUAUCACAGCUGCUGCUAUUAGUCCUAAUGCUAAACAAAUAGUCACCGUUGGCGGUAGAAAAUGUCAGAAUGUGCAUUUUUGGUUAUGGACUUAUGGAAGAGACAAACCAGAUGCAUCGACUUCGUUAAUCAACAUUACUGAACGUGUCAAGGGAAUAACUUUUAACGACGAAUGUCCAGAACAAUUUGCAUUGACGACUGAUUAUCACGUUUUAUUCCUAACUUGGAAUGGUCACGCUUUGAACUACGAUUGUCCCAAAAUUAUGACAAAAGUACAACAUAUUGGUGUCUUUAAUGCAUCAUGCUACGUUCCAAAAAUACAACAAGUAUUUACAGCAAGUACAAAUGGCUACAUUUUAGUAUGGAGCAAUGUUUUCUGCAAAGACAAGCACGCUUCUGAUACUAAUUAUAAGAAGAAAAAUAUGCUUGUUACGGGAAAUUCAAAUGGUCGUGUUACUUUCUAUGAUUAUCAAUUGAGACUUUUGUAUUGGUAUGAAAGUUGCGAUCUUGAUUCCAUUCGAUGGCUAAGCUUUGAUCUUCAAUCUAAUUUGUUAGCUCCGGUAUUUGCCGUCGAUGUAUCUGAAAGUAUGCUUUGGAGACGUAUGCCCAGUAGCAAAACGGUUUCAAAACUCACUGUAAAUGCGGAAUAUAUUUCACAAAAUUACAAGAGUAAUAAGACCGCCGAAACUAACAAAACAACAUUGAAUUCUUUGUCAACGGAUGCUACUCUACGGUGUUCUCCAUUUAAUGUCCGAAAUUUUCUUGUGUGUUCUUCUGCGGGAAUAAUAGCAUUGAUGGAAAUUACAAAGCAGAAAUGUCACUUUGUGUUUCGUCAUCCGGUUGCAAUUGUGACUAGUAUGGACAGUCAUCCAGAAAGCAAUUAUAUGGUUGUGGGCGACGCUCAGGGAACCGUACAUUUAUACAAUCAUGAAAAGUGCACUCUGAUAACAUCUUGGAGCACGCCACCUCUUCCAGACUAUCGGCCGAUUUUCGAAAAGCAGAAGAUUGAGGAAAAUAUUGUUUAUGUCACCUGUCCGCAAAGUCACGAGACCCUGAAAGCCGUUACGGCUCUGAAAUUCUCACCAAGAUGCGAUAUGUUAGUGAGUGGUUUAGAGAAUGGGGCGAUCUGGAUUCUACAUCAUAUCACCUUAGAUCCUAUAGAUGAAAUACCAUAUAAACAUUCUUCGACAGCCAUUAAUAAAAUUACUUUCACACGGUGUGCCGAAUACAUGGCUUAUGCAGAUAACGCAUUGACUGUAGUAGUAUUCAAGAGAAAUGGUACGACCGUUGCUUCAAAGGAUUACAAUUUGUGGAACUUGAUCGGAAAAUAUCACUCGCAUUACUUACCUAUCAGAGAUAUACUUUUCGGCCCGGUUGCAUCCAAUUCCGAUGUACCGCGGUUUUUCUCUUUAGGAGAGGAUCGAGAGCUCGUCGAAUAUGAUCUCGCGCACAGCGGACCAUAUCCAGUGCCAGGACUUCAAAUCUUGCGUAUCGAUCGAAUCGAACAAAGUGCCGUUCCUCUUUGCCUAGCGUGGUACCCCGUGUCCAGCAUUGAAAAAUUCCUCAUGAUCUCAAAUUCUGAAUACAAAUAUAAGAUCUUCAGUGAUGCUACCAAGGCAAUUCGCGGUACUUAUUUAGGACCCAUAUUCAAAAAGCCAGUGGAACAUAUUCAAAUCUUAACCGAUAAACUUAACAACGGCUAUGUGGUAUUUGCGACCGAUAGAGAAAUUGGUCUUCAGUUAAUGCCUUUUGAUGGUAAUCCGUACAAGAUUGUCGGCAUAACAGGCCAUCCUCAAAAAAUAAUAGGUAUCUCUGUUAGCAACAAUAAAGAAAUACUUUUUACCGCAGGUUACAACGAUCCAUGUGUGUUAAUGUGGAAAAUCAAACUGAAAUCUGUUGACAUAAUGGCACGAUUAGGCGGAGAAGGACUAUCGCCGUUUUAUUGCCUCAUCAAAGGUGGGAAAAAAGGAUGGUUAGCAAACGAGAUAAAGGAUCUGUUCUAUUAUGGACAGAUAUUACAUCAAGGCGAGAAUAUGAUCGCUGUUAGAACCGUCUCCGACACUGUGGUUGUCGAGCAAAUUCCAAAUCUUAUGCGAGCUAUUGGAUAUUUUCCGACCAACAAAGAAGUAGAGAAUAUUAUGACAGAAGUAUGCUACAAACGUUACGUUGAAACCGGUAAAUUUGUCGAAGAGAUCACUUUUGAAGAAUUCAUACGACUGUAUGUGAAUCACCGACCGGUGUUUGGAAUUUGCAUGCGUCACGUAAAGGAAGCUUUUCGUACGUUUAUCGAAGAAAAUUCCGACAUGGAAAAUCCUACUUUAACGCGAGAGCAGCUUGUAAAUAUUUUACUAGGAGGAAUGGUAUCGAAAACUUUACUGGAAGAAGAUAAACUUAUUGGUGAACCGUUAACUUUGCAAGAAGCAUAUACAUAUCUCAAGACACUCAUGUUUCCUAAAGAGGAAAUGAUUGAGAUUCAACCAAGUCUGUCUCAAAGAUCCAUAUCCUUCAAUUUCCGUUUCCUUCCGGCGAGGAUAUCUUACAAAGAUUUCACCAUGGACAUCAUGGGUGUUGAAUCGUUGGAGGAAACUAUGGCUGACAAUUGAGAAAAUCAGCACGACGGUUACUUGAAGUAUUCUAAGAGGAAAUUUUUUACAGCUAUGUACCGCUGUGACAAGGUCCGUUAAAAAGAGCUUGAUAAACCAAAGAAAAAAAACUGCGCGCGCGACUGUUUCGUUCUUUUAAAAUUAAAAUUAAGAUUAAGAGAGCGCUAGAAGAAAAGACUGGCAGAAUCGUCGCCGGCAUUUGUCCGUCGUUUGCUUCUUCGGUUCGCAUAAAAAUAUUUAAACUAUACAACACACGAAACUCAAGGAAUAAUGUAAAAGAGCAUGACGUAGAUUCGUUUCCUCGUACUUGUUGCUGUAAUACUGUUCAGCAAAAUUUUCAAUAAACAUUUCGUAAUCAUUAUUUCUAAUAUUAUAGUACUUGCGAUUGCGCAUCGUUAUUUUAUCAAUCAACAGUUUAUAGCCAAAGAACGUCUAUCUGUCUAUUCACCGAUAUUUGUAAACCCGUACAAUAAAAUUAAUACAACCACAGACAAUUACCAUAGACCGGUUUUUUCUACGUGGUAUAUAGAAUUGUCAGCGGAAGAGAUGUUUUGAUUGUUGAAAGAAUAAGAUUUUAUUCCAAGACAAUACCUAUAUGAUAGACUAGAAGCAAGGAAAGAUUCGCCUUCCGAGAGGUACAUUGCUUUAAGGAAGCGCUAUACAACAACAUUCGCUACACCGCAUCGUCAUCAUUAAAGAAACCAAUCAAUGACACUUAGCGUAUAUAGCGAUUUAAAAAUUUAGAAUAGUUUUUGAUAUCAAUAAAAAAAGAAGAUAAUCAUUUCCGUACCCGCGGUUUUAGAAAAAUUAAAAAGACCGUGGUACAGAUACUGCCAGAAAUACUAAUCUCAAGUCGAAUUGCAAUCAGGCGAUUCAAGUGAAGAUUCUAAGAUUCGUGAGACGCAACCCUGCCACAUUAUUAGGCUCGCGUACGAUUUCGCAUUGUUACCUAUACUAUCAUCAACAAGGUACCAUUAAACACCGACUUAUAGAAAUUUAUAGG